CCUCGGGCUAGCCAGGAAGCCCAGAGCUGCGGCCGCGCGGCCGAGCUGCCGGCCCGCCAUGGCUGGGGUCAGCUACGCGGCGCCCUGGUGGGCGAACCUGCUCCACCGGCUGCCCCACUUCGAUCUGCGCUGGGAGACCACCAGCAGCCAGUUCCGGCCGGAGGACACCGACUACCAGCAGGCGCUGCUGCUGCUGGGGGCUACCGCGCUGGCCUGCCUCGCCUUGGAUCUUCUCUUCCUGCUCUUCUAUUCCUUCUGGCUGUGCUGCCGACGGCGCAAGAGCGAGGAGCACCUGGACGCCGACUGCUGCUGCACCGCCUGGUGCGUCAUCAUCGCCACGUUGGUCUGCAGCGCCGGCAUCGCGGUGGGGUUCUACGGCAACGGGGAGACCAGUGACGGCAUCCAUCGGGCCACCUACUCGCUCCGCCACGCCAACCGCACCGUGGCGGGGGUCCAGGACCGCGUGUGGGACACAGCAGCUGCUCUGAACCGCACAGCGGAGCCCAGCCUGCAGAGCCUGGAGCAGCAGCUGGCUGAGCGCCCCGAGCCCCGGCGUGCGGUCCAGCGGCUGCAGGGCCUGCUGGGGAAGCUGCUGGGCUACACGGCUACCAUUCCGUUCUGGAGGAACCCGGCUGUGUCUCUGGAGGUGCUGGCUGAGCAGGUGGAUCUCUACGACUGGUACAGGUGGCUCGGCUACUUGGGCCUGCUGCUUCUCGACGUGGCCAUCUGCCUGCUGGUGCUGGUUGGCCUCAUUCGCAGCUCCAAGGGCAUCCUGGUCGGGGUCUGCUUGCUGGGAGUCCUGGCCCUGGUCAUUAGCUGGGGCGCCCUGGGCUUGGAGUUGGCUGUAUCUGUGGGCUCCAGCGACUUCUGCGUGGAUCCUGACACCUAUGUGACCAGGAUGGUAGAGGAGUACUCGGUGCUGAGUGGGGACAUCCUGCAGUACUACCUGGCCUGCUCGCCCCAUGCCACCAACCCCUUUCAACAGAAACUGUCGGGCAGCCACAAGGCGCUAGUGGAGAUGCAGGACGUGGUGGCCGAGCUCCUGAAGACGGUGCCGAGGGAAUACCCAACCACCAAGGACCCCCUGCUCCGUGUCCAGGAGGUGCUGAAUGAGACAGAGGUGCACCUACAGCACCUCACUGCCCUGGUGGACUGCCGCAGCCUGCAUCUGGACUACGUGCAGGCCCUGACAGGCUUCUGCUAUGAUGGUGUCGAGGGCCUCAUCUACCUGGCCCUCUUCUCCUUUGUCACAGCACUCAUGUUCAGCUCCAUCGUCUGCAGCGUCCCACACACCUGGCAGCAGAAGAGAGGCCCGGACGAAGAUGGGGAGGAGGAGGCUGCCCCAGGGCCUCGGCAGGCACACGACAGCCUCUACCGUGUCCAUAUGCCCAGCUUGUACAGCUGUGGCAGCAGCUAUGGCAGCGAAAACAGCAUCCCAGCCGCGGCUCACACUGUCAGCAACGCCCCGGUCACUGAGUACAUGAGCCAGAAUGCCAACUUCCAGAACCCCCGCUGUGAGAACACCCCCCUCAUCGGGCGUGAGUCCCCGCCGCCCUCAUACACCUCCAGCAUGAGAGCCAAAUACCUCGCCACGAGCCAACCUCGCCCCGACUCCAGCAGCAGCGGCCACUAGACUGCCGGCCAGCUACCUGCCCAUGUGCCAAUCACCCUACUCCUCCCUGUGCCAGCACUGCCGCUUACUCCGUGGCCAUCCGCCGGACCCUCCACACCUACGCCAGGCCCACUGUGGGCACCUCUGCAGCCCCCCUUCCCUUCCUGCAGGGGUGUGGAGAUACCCAGCAUGAGUCCCAGGCUGGUGGAGACACAGGUCUCUGGCCCAUACUCUGUCCUUGGGUUGCACACCUGGACACCCGGCCCUCCUGUCCUCCUCUGGGCCAGGCCCCCCAGUGCUGUGUCCCUGAUGCUUCCUCUGCAGCACGUUCACCUUCUGGACCCCACAGUCUCCAUGGCUCACCCUCACCUGUGCUUCCCUCCUGCAGCUGCUGCUUGUCCCUCACCUUCGAUGCUUCUGCGCAUCCCCUUCUUAGUUCACAGGCACCGGCUUCUGAAGGGACAGCAGCGUGUCACUGUUCGCCCUCCUGUGGCACCUCCAUGAGCCUCUGCAGCUUCUCUCACCCCACCUGACCACAGGUCCCCAUCCUACAGUUGCCAGAAGCUUCCUGGGGGAGUGUCCAUUUUCUCUGCCCCUCCCAGCAUUAUUCUCUCCCUCAGUGCCGACCCCGGCCCAUGGCACCAGGCCCCCAAAAUGGCAGGACAGAUGUUCCAUGCCAAGCCCAGGUCACUUGCCCAGUGCCAGCUCCCUUCUUGGUGCCAAAUCCCUUCUCCUAACCCCAGAGACCUGGCAGCUUCCUCUGGUUCGUUUUUUUUGCACUGACCACAUUUGUCAUCUCUAGGGCGGGCAGGCCUGAGGGCCAAGCAGCUCUCUCUCCUCAGUUCCAUUUCCACCAGGACGGUGCCAUGUCCUAGAACCCAGCUGUGGGACAGGACCGAGCUGGCUGUGACUGAGCCUUUGGCCCCUGCCGCCCCUUUUGGGACUAACCACUAACCUCACCCCAGCCUUUGCUGGCACCCUACCAGCGAAUGUGACCCCGAGACAAGGCCUGGGACAGCUGGCUGGGAGUCGGACUGAAGUAGCCAUUUCUUCUCGGGGUGCUGCUGGGGUGGGGCUGUGACCAUCAGGCAGCCUGAAGGUCCUGGAGACCUCUCCCUGGACCGGUGCUGCCCCAGGAGGACCAUGUCCUCAGGAACAAAUGUCCCUGGGGCUGUUGGAGGUCCCUACAACCUCUGUCCCUCCCUGUGAAGUGGGAACAAGGCUUCCCUAAGGUGCUUUUGGCUUUAGUGUACAAUGUUUGCUGAGUUUACUGCCGUGAGGUUGGAGCCACCUCCACACCAGGACGAGAAGGUUCUUCAGCCCCAGCCCUGGCCUGGCCAGCUUGAAGUGAAGAAGCCAGGCCGGGAGUAGCAGCCAGCCAAGGUCCCACAGGGAGUGGGCAGUGGCCCUGCAGUUUACAGACCUGUGGGCUCUUCCCAGAGCAGUGGGCAGUGCCCUUCCCUGCGUGGCCUGGGAAGAGGCUAUCUUCCUUUCUUCCUUGAACCCAUUCUUUAUGCUGGUGUCUGGGACCAAUAGGAUGGGUGGGGUGAGCACCAGGUCAUAUCUUCCCCAACCUGAGGGGCAGCCUCUGCCCUGGAGGGAGUGGGGAGGGGGACAAACUCAGGGGUGUCCCAGGUGGCCUGGGUCCCCAGCCUGGAAUCUGAGCCCCCAGGCAUGUCCAGACCUCACCAGAGGGCACUAUGGCCUGGGCCCCCAGCAGCCACGCCAACCUGCCUAGUCUUUCCUCUGGGUUCUACCCAGAUUGUGGGUCAGGAGGGAGGCACCAGGGUGUCUGCCAUGCCUGCUGCCACCGCUCAGAAGCACAAACUGGGCUGCCCACAGUGGCUGCGGCAAGGCCGCCAGCAAUGUGAAUGUACAUAGCAUGAGAGGCGGCACCACCCAGGAGGGGUGGCCCUAUUUCGCCUCGGGAGUCCCACCGUCAUGUGCUUGUGUGCCCGCCUCGUCUGUGACUUCACCCAAGUUCUCACCAAGGUUGAACAAAGGAAAAAAGGGUUCAAACCCAAGCCUCAGUCCAUGGAGGGGAAGUAGGUCCUGCCAUUGGGUUUUUUUUGUUUUUUUUUUUUGGUCUAAGUUUUUGGGACCUCCUUCCUAACCACCCUCAUCCCAGUGAACUUCUCCACAUUCACUCCCACCCCUGCACCAGUGGGCCUUGCUCCCCUUGGGUCCUGUGGCAUCUUGGGGGGAAUGGAGGCCUUGGGCUGGGAGAGAGGGGCCUCAGGCCUCUGAUGGGCUGGGUGAGCAGGAGGUGGGUCCAGCAGGGGUCCCUGGCUGAGGGGGCUCCCUAUGCAGGUGUCCACUUCCCCCAGGGUCUUCCUGGCCUAGUGUGGCAGGGUUUGGGUAGGGGGAGGGUCAGAUUGGAAGCCCCUGCCUUGUCCUGCCACAUCCUUCCACCCCAUCUCACUAUGCAAUUCUAGUCCAAGCACCAUUCCCUCCCUCCUCCAACACCCCAGCCCAGCCCCAAGAGGGGUGGGUGGUUGGCAGCCCCCAGGCCCCAGCUGGGGUGUGGACAGGAAACAGGGCCUUGGGGGAGGGGGGUUGUUCUGUUUAACCAUGAUGGUUGUGUGCCGUACCACUUUAUAUUUGUUAUAUAUAAUAAAUCUAUAUGAUUUUUGUUAAGCCUCUGAACUCCAGCUCCCAUCCUGGCCCUUGCACCCACCCCUGAAGUGUGAGUUAGUGUCGCCAGUGGGGAACUAAGACCUGGGCUGGGUGUCAUUUUUCCUCCAACCUCCUUGGGGCCAUGGCUGUAUGUGCUGUCGCUGUGUUUUCAGUUUUUUUAGACUGGGUUUGGGGGUUGAUUUUUAUUUCUUUGGGGGCUUUAUUUUUCUUGGCAAACUAAAAAUCUUGUCCAUGUAAUUUCUGUGGUUUCUAUUCAGCUUGGGUUUCAUGUUUUAAAAUAAACACAUUUUAAAAAAAUAGACUUUUCCUGAGGU